AUGUCAAUGCAAGAUUUUCCUGGAGAACUAUGGCUAAUGAUUUUCAAAUAUCUCUCAACUGAAGAUCUCCUUCACACCUUUCAUUCUCUUAAUCAACGUCAUCGCAAUCUUAUUGCUGAACAUUUUCAGUAUAAUGCUGUUAACUUACGAUCCACUUCGGAAUCGAGUUGUCAUCUUUGUUGCUCUUACUAUUCAUCUAGCAUUCGUAAGCUUCGUUUGUGUCAAAGCUUCGAUUAUCCAUCACAAACUAGCUCAUUCCUUAUACAACAUUUUCACCUGAAUCGAUUUACAUCUCUUCAAUCUUUAUCGCUCGAACAUAUCGAAUCGUCUACAAUGUGGCAAGAGAUAUUGAGCCAAAUAAAUGAAUUACAAAACUUAACUCAUUUGUGCAUUCGUCAAGUGAACGUUUACAAUAACAGAGAAACUCUUAAUUCGAUGUUUAACCAAUUGUGGAGUUUACCAAAGCUCAUCUAUGUAUACUUUGAUUUGAAACAUUCAAAAGAGAAAAGUAGUGAACAAUUUCCUGCUUUGAAUACGAUUUCUUUAUCAUUAAAACACGUCGAACUGCCCAGUUUGACAUGCAAUUUGAAUGAUGUGCAUAUUAUUUGCCAUCAUACACCAUGCUUGGAAAUUUUAUCUUUGAAUUGUGUCAACUCGGUAGGAAGCCAGUUAAUACAAUAUGAGAUCGGGCAGAUAAAGAAAUUCCGUCUUGUUUUCAAUGGAGAAUGGUCCGUUCUGAUCAAUCUUCUUCAAUCUAUGACAAACUUGGAGCAUUUUAUACUCACUGCAACACUUCCAAUUUCAGACGACGGUCAUCGAUGGCGACGUCUUAUUUCCGAACAUCGGCCGAAUCUUAAAGUAUUUCAAUUUGUAAUCCAUUACCAAACUGUUGAAAGACAGAACACUUCAGUACUGGCGACUAGACUCGUGAAUUCAUUUAAUAAUGCUUUUUGGUUAACAGAACAUCAUUGGUGUGUUCGUUGUGAUUGGCAAAGGUUAAACGCUCCAAAUUAUGUUUGUCUUUACACUCUUCCGUAUAUACUCGAUCAAUUCUACGAAUGUGCCAGUAAUGUUCUUCUUGAAUCUCAAACGACUUGUGUUCAAAAUCAUCAAUCAUACGAUCGCGUGAAUUCACUAAACUAUUCAUAUUUUCCAACCGUCUCAUUACCGAUUUCGUUUUCCACGCUUAAAACUCUUGUAUUAACCCUACCAAUAGAUAAUCGUUUUCAAACGGUCAUUCCGAAUCUCAAUGAGCUGAGACAUAUUCAGUUAUAUAUUGAAGAAAAUGAAAUUGAUGAUCAACGGCUGAACUUACUCAACACAGCACCAUGUUUGUAUAAACUAACUUUAAAGAAAUGGCCAUCGUCGACAACUUGCGAAGUGUAUGAACGCAUUACCAACGCAUCGAUUCGUAAAUUAGAUUUGUAUGGAACGUCAUCAACUAAUUGCCUGCAGUGUUUUGAUUAUAAGCGAUGUGAAGCUUUCAGUCGUACAACUCUAGCACAACAAUGUGAAAAGUUGACAAUACGUCUUGAAACUCAUGAGGAUAUUUCCGUUCUUCUGUCGAAUAUGAAAAAUCUUCGACUAUUAGUUGUUAGAUGUGCAAACGAUCCUUGUAGUGGAGAAUCGGAAUUCCCAGAUAAAUUUUUCCAGCAGAUAAAAUCUCAACUUCCGUCAACAUAUAUUGUAUUCCGAGAAGCACGUAGUUUUGGCAAGAUUCGGAUUUGGAUUCAGUAG